CACUGCCACAGCCUCGUUCUCUCCUACAUACCACUACCGUCAUCAAUGCCGAGCACAGCGAUGACCACUGUUUCUCAAGACCCGAAAUUUUCAGAACGAUUCAAUGCGGCAGAUUCAGAUAUUACUCUGGCUUCACGCGACAAUGUUCACUUCAAGGUUCACCGCAUUAACCUCAAGAUGCACUCCGACAUCUUUGCCGACGCUGAGGACAUAUCAUCCUCGACACCAAAUGCCAUUUCCGAGGUCGUAUCUCUCACAGAAACAGCCUCGACCCUCGAUUUACUACUGCAAUAUAUGUAUCGGCAACCACCACCUGACCUCUCAGAAAUUGAAUUCAGUCGAGUUGCAGAUCUUGCCGAGGCUGCUGAGAAAUACAGGGUGUAUUUUGCUAUUGAUGCAUGCAAGCGGUCCAUGUGUGACGCUAUUCCUGAACAUUCCUUUGAGGUCCUAACGUGGGCGGUGAAGCAUAAACAUAACAAGAUCAUUGACCAGGCUGCCCAACACUCUGUUUCCUUACCUACAGAUGAUAUCUGCGAGGCCAUCUCUCCGCCAAUACUAGCUCCUUGGUUGCAAUAUCAUAAGCAUUGGCUGGAUGCCUUGAAUGCCGAAUAUGUCCGCUAUCCGCCCACGGUUAUGCAUUGGAAUAAUUCGACACGCGAGUGUGACAUUCCGUGUGAAGCAUGGACACAUAGUUAUGCCAUGAUCACGCAUAAACUGGGUGCGAAACCUCAUCUUCUCCUCAAGCUUGAUGAAGUCUUUGGUCCGAGCGAAGACUAUCUACAGACACGCUGCGGCGAAUGCAAGGAGACCUUGGCUACUUGGCGGACAAUUAUUGUGCGGGAACUGGAACGGAUACCAAAGUUCAGUACAUUGGUGUAGACUAUGACCUGUUUUUUCAAUCUAUAUAGACUGACAAUACUAAUAGCCCGCAGAGUCAUUCAAGCGCCAUUAUUCACGCGAGAUAUUCCAAAGGAUCAGUACUUCAG